CUUGGAUUCAAGCCACAUCCAGCUUCUUCCGAGCGCCCCCUUCCCUAUACCGUCCCUAUGUCGUCGUCGUCGCAGGCCUCGUCCUCAAGCAGCCCAACAGACUACCUACGAAAUGCGACAUUCUCUCAGUCCCAAGACUCGUCGUCGUCGUCUGGCGGUGCUGUUACCGCAUCUGACCUGCUAAUGGGCGCGUAUGACCCAGCAAAGCUGCACCCGCUGGCCGAGUUCGGUGACAAAUUAGAUUAUCUUCUUCUCGAAGAUGAAAAGACAAAUGAUAUCCCUGGCGCUGGUACUGCUGUUCCCUCCAGGGGUUUUAGUGAUGAUCUCUGUUAUGGAACUGGUACCAUGUAUCUCGGUGGUCUGGCCCUUGGUGGUUUGUGGGGCAUGCGCGAAGGCGCUCGAAGACCGCUUGCUGUGUCAAACACCAGACUGCGGAUCAACAGUAUCCUCAACUCCGUGACUCGACGAGGCACAUUUAUUGGCAACUCGGCUGGUGUCCUCGCCCUCGUGUAUAAUGGAGUUAAUUCUUCCAUUGACGCUAUGAGAGGAAAGCACGAUAUUCUCGGAAGCAUGGGAGCUGGUGCAAUUACGGGAGUUCUGUACAAGUCAACGGCCGGAGUAAAGCCCGCGCUCUCAGCAGCAAUUUUCAUGUCCGGGGUAGCAGGAGUUUGGAGUUAUGUCAAAAAGAUCGUUUAAUCGACACCUUAUGUAUUGUCUAAUACUAAUCCCUACUUCUUGGACCUGGCGCUUGAUGGUAUCUCUAGAUGGCGGCAUAUCCUUUGCCAUAUCAGGGCCCCUGAUCUGACAUACUUCCAGAACGUUAGGUGAUCU